AUGGGCGACCUCAUCCUCAUCACGGGCGUGACUGGCUUCUUGGCGACCCAUGUCGUCGGAGCAGCACUCGAAGCAGGCUACAAAGUCCGCGGAACUGUCCGGGACCUGUCGAAAGGCGACAGCCUGAGUGAGCUCUAUCCGUCACGCAAGGAUCAGCUCGAACUGGUUGAAGUGAAGGAUCUGAUCCACUCUGACCUCACCGAAGCCUUCAAAGAUGUCAAGGCGAUCAUCCAUACUGCCUCGCCCUAUGUCAUCCAAGGCAUUGAGGAUCCAGAGAAGCAGCUGCUAUCGCCGGCCAUCGAAGGCACGCUCAAUGUCAUGAGGGCCGCUCGAGCAGCAAGCGUACAGCGAGUCGUCAUCACCUCGUCGUUUGCUGCAGUCACCCUGUUCGACAAGGGCGGACCAUGGCGCGACUAUACUUACACAGAGGACGACUGGAAUCCUGCUACGUUCGAGCAGGCCAACGAUGCUAGCAAGCCCGGUGCUUGGAUUUACUCUGCUUCGAAAGCACUGGCCGAGAAGGCCGCAUGGAACUUCGCAAAGGAGAACGACAUCGAACUCGUCACAAUGUGCCCGCCGAUGAUCUACAGCAAGACGAUCCAAAAGGUGACCAGCAAGGCCAAGCUCAACACGUCCUCCGCUACGAUCUAUAAUCUCAUCUCCAAGCCUGCCGAGAUGCCGGACAAUCGAUUGCCGCUGUUUUGCGAUGCCCGCGACGUUGCAAAGGCUCACGUGCAAGCGUUGAAGACAGACGGAGCAGUCGGUCAUCGCGUACUUCUUUGCGGUGGUAGCUAUACUUGGCAAAGUGCAACAAAGCUCUUGCUUGAGCAGCGACCCGAGCUCAAAGAUCGUCUGCCUUCGCUGGACAAUGUCGAGGACGAGACACGCACGAUCGCGAGACUCGACACAACCAUUGCCCAAAGAGAUCUGGGCAUCCAGUUCAUCUCCUUUGAGCAGUGCUUGCUCGAUUCGGUCGAUCAGCUACUCGCUAUGGAGAAGCAAUGGUAG